AUGUCGGCUGCUCCGGGUGGGGGCGGCAGGAGCGGCGGCCAUGCGGAAGAUGGCGAUGGGGGAUUUGGGGGAAACCCGAAAGAUCACGUGAGGGCGGCGGCCGACAUGUCAUCGUGGAUGAGGAAUGCAGUGGACGAGGCGCGGCGGGACCCGUCGAAGGAGGUGGGGAUCUCCGCGGAGGAGCUUCAGCAGCGUCGCAAAAUGGCGUCAAACCCGCGCGCGUUUGUGAGCGAGCAAACGAGCCGGGCAUUUGAGGUCAAAAGUUCGGCGCGGGCGCAGCAGAUCAUGAACAAGGGUCUCCUUGAACGGCAGCGCGAGACGCGGAACAAAGAGGUGCUGAAGAAGAUGACGAUUCUGCGCCGUAUACAGGUGGGGACGUUUUUCCUUGGCAUUGGCGUGGCGUGGUGGAUGGGCGUUGAGUACUUGCUGCCGCACUACGCCGCCGUGCAGGAGCGGAACCGUCUUCUGCAGCUGCGGUGCGAGAUGGCGCAGCGGAAGCGGGAGGAGGUGGAGGCGCAGAGGAGACAACAACAGUAG